CGUUACCAACCUAACUGGCAGUCACUAGAUGCUAGACCAAUACCCCAGUGGUAUGAUGAGGCCAAGAUAGGGAUCUUUCUUCACUGGGGUGUCUUCUCUGUACCAAGCUAUGUUGGAGCAUGGUUUUGGUACUACUGGCAAGGACCCAGUCCUAGCCUUGAUGUCGUUGAGUUUAUGAAGAUGAAUUACCCCCCAGGAUUCACUUAUGCUGACUUCGCUCCAAUGUUUACUGCAGAGUUCUACAAUCCUGACCAAUGGGCAGAUAUCUUUAAAGCAUCAGGGGCCCAGUAA